AUGGGUACUGCUGCAUUUAGCUGGAGGAUGAGCCGCCAUUACGAUCUUCUGCUCUUGCAUAACAGUGAUGAUCAUCACAGUUGUGUGAGGCCUGCUGCUUCUUGGGAUGAAGAUUCAUUACGCCCAAAAGUUUUCGCAGAGAGGUGUAAGCGUAGGAGUUUCGGCCUAUAUCACUUCUAUCUUAUUGUCGCUGACAUCCAGUGUAAAUCUAUGUACUACAUCAAGCACACUCAAAUUUUUUCUGUGGAGUACCAUGAAGUUACUCCCGGUGCAUACAUUUUGUCCGAAUGCGGUCUAAAUGGUAUGGGCCGCAAUGAUCCCACCAAUGCUAAGUCUGAAACUCUCAUGAUUCAGUUUGAAAAAAUGCUGGCAAGUAAUCAAGAGUAUGACUAUCAGAUUGCUAAGACAAUAAUGACCAAUCCAACAAGAGCUGAUGAGGAUGACGUGCUGAGCUCGGUUUUUGUCGACACUGUGGGAUAUGGAACAGUUCGCACUUCUUCCAUCAUAGUGGAGGACUUUAUAGAUAAAUUGAAUAUGUUUGGAUUGAGAUUUUUUGAAAGAGGUGGUCUCUUCUGA